CCUCAGAAUAUCCGAAUGACUUCUCAAAAAUAUUUCGAGAUAAAUUCUUUGAAUUACUGAUUUUUUUUACAUCGAAUUAUCGAUAUGGAUUUAAAGCGAAAGCGAAAAAUCCAUUUUAUUCAGUGAAUAAUGGUCGUCCUAGUUUCCUUCAAACUUCAUUAAUAAUGAAGUAAUGUUUAUACCUCAGUAACUAACCAACACAUUGAACUACCGGUGACUUUAUCCAUUAGUGAGGCCUCCACGAAUAUCCAGAGAUCUAAAAUCAGGAAAAAGCCUCCGCGAUCGAGAAAUCGUGCAUCCUCCAGACGUUCAGCGAUUACUUUUUCUGAUUGGCGCCUGAACACAGUGAUUCCCAUCAGUGUACCAUGUCCAGUGCUCCACGAUCCCUAAAAAAUUGAGUGUUAAUUAAUUCCAGUGCUUCGGUGGCAAUUAACUCAACGGAGAAGGAAUGAGGCAAUUAGUGAUGAUUAAUUUGCUGGUGAUUGCUGCAUUGAUCGGCAUCUCCAGUGCCUCCACUUUGUCAGCACCACCUCAGAGUGCUCUUGUUGUUGCCUUCGAGAAUGCCUAUGAGUUGUCGUUGCUUGCUAACACGUUGACUGAUCAGGGAAUCGAUGCAACGAUGAUUGUGGCUUCGGAUGCUGGGGAUAUGUACGAGAAUUUGGUGGAAGUCGAGGUGAUCAAGUUGAAUGUCACCUCUCGAGACCAUGACAAUCUGGAAAAAAGGGCGUUAAAUGCUUGUGAGGCUCUCCUCGGGGAUCAGAAGAUCCUGAAGAGAAUUGGCGAGAUUCAGCCCACCUUCACCAUUUUUCCAGCCAUUAGGCAUGAUGCCUGUCUCAUCCCCUGGGCUCGAUUCAUAUCGUCAAAUCCAGUGGUCUGGGCUCUGGGAAUUAAUGAAGAGCAUUAUGCUGUUCAAAAAACUAAAAUGGGAAUACCUAUUUUUACUGAAGGAAUCUAUGAAAGAUUCUGGGCAAAUGUCAAUACUCAAAGAGUUAUCGCUCACGUGGAAUCCAAUUUUGUGAAUCCUGCGAUGAAAAUCGCUACGAAAUACGUUUCUAACGUUGACGAUACUCUGGAUGAGCUCUACUCUAAUGUUGAAUUGUUUCUCUGGGGUGGGGAUCCUAUCCUGAGGACAGAUUUUGCGUCUUUGACUCAGAGAUUUGUGGAGAUUGGUUGUCAUCACUGCCGAGGGGUCCAACCCCUUCCCUCAGAGCUUCAAAAAGAACUGGUCGAAUUCAGACUAGGAACGAUCGUCGUCUCCCUCGAGAACAGUUACACAGAAUUAAUAAAAAAUAUGGCAAAGAGACUCCCUCAAGGGAGACAGGGUCAGGCUGUUGCUUGGAAGAGUAAAAAUGUGAGAUUUACUGGAGGAAAACCAGAAAAUUUAUUUGUGCAUUCGAGCGUUGAUCGUCAGGACCUCAUAGGCUAUCCAAGAGCAAGAGUUUUUCUCAGUCACUGCGACGACACUGAGCUCCUAGAAUCCGGCUUCCACGGAACACCUAUCAUUUGUUUCCCGAGAAAUCCCCAUGAAAAACGUAACGCCCAACGUGCCGCUGAAUUAGGUUUCUCCAUCUCUCUAAAUGACGACUAUUCACUUGACAAAGUGGUGAAAACAAUCGUUGAGAUUCACGAGAGUGCACUUUACCGUGAGAAUGCGCGCAGUGUUUCCUUGGCAAUCAGAGACAGACCAAUGCCUGCAUCAGAUAGAACAAUUUUCUGGCUGAGAUAUGUAGCGAGAAAUGAAAAAAGCUCCAUCGAAUUUUCCCCGGUGGAUAGAAAAACACCAGUGAAAACAUUUGCCGAGGAUAUUCAGCUUUAUAUUGGCAUUCUGCUCGGUACGAUUUGUGGAGUACUAUUUGCUUCUACUACAGCACUCACCUGGUACUAUCAGAACCGAGAGAGUAAGAGUAUUAGGAGUAAGGGAAGAAAGUAUAAUAGAUGAAAAUUAAUAAUAAACAAGAAGUGAAAAAAUGAACUGUGCUGUACGCCCGACUCGAGUGGUGCAUUUAAUUUUUUAUUUGUAGAAAAAAAUGUAUGAUAAUUAUAGAGGGGACGGUAAAAUUUACCUGCCUCUUAUGAUUUUUUUCAAUAAAAAAAAAUAAAUAAUUUUAAAUUGAA